AUGUCGACUCUGUUCCAGAGCUACGAGGAGGAGUACCGCGAUGUCGUCAAAAGUGUCCGCGAGGGUCUCGACGGGCUGCGCGCGACGCUCAACCGCGAGGCGGAUGGCUACAAUGCCCCGCCGGCCACCGGCCCCGCAAGUCGUCUGCAGCGCGGCGCGCAGCUUGUGAAGCUGACGACACAAUUGAAGGAGCUUCUGAACAACAUGGAGUACGAGUGCAACGAUGUUCCUGUCGUUCACCGGCCGGCACUGCGGGAGCGACUGGCGGAGUGUCGGAGGGGCGCACGGGAACUGGAGGAGGAAAUCGCGAAGACGCGCGGAGAGUGUGCCACCGCCGACCGCCUGGACCUCAUGGGCGCCCCGGAGAAAAAAGGGUCGGCUCCCGUAGAUGCCAGGGGUUUGGGCCUCGACGAUGAAACCGCAAGGCAUCGCCUGCAGAUGAUGCAUAAUACGGAGAAGGUGAAGCAGGCCUCGGGUACUUUGAACCGGGCCGAGCGGCUGCUGAACGAGACGGAGGAGACAGGGGCGGCGGUCAUGAAAAACUUGCGCACCCAGACAGAGACGAUACAACGCAUCAACGCCACAACGACGGGCGUCAAUGAGGAAAUAUCUGAGGUGAGCAAGAUACUCACAAAAAUGCAUCGAACGAUGGUCAAACACAAAAGUAUGCUGAUUGGUAUAAUUUUGGUGCUUGUUGUUCUUAUAUUUGUGGCAUUGUACGUUUCAUUUUUGAAGCACAAGAAGGAAACGCCAGUGCAGCCGUCGCAGACACCAACGGAUGCACCGGAGUUACCAAAAUGGGGUCCGGAUUCAGGUGGUGGCUUACCCGUUGAUUGA